GCGGAAGCCAUGGUGGAGGCAGCGGCAGCCGUGGCGGCUGGUGGGGCGGGCUCCAGCACGGGCUCGUUCCCGGAGCGGGAGCGGGACUGCGCCGGGCGGAGGCUUCGGGUCCUCUCGGGCCAUCUGCGGGGCCGGGCCCCGGCAGCACUCGUUCUCAGCGAGUGCAGAGGCCGGGCCCCUGCGGCAGCAGCACCGGCAGCGACUCCGCCCGCGGCUCCCGAGUCCAGCAGCAUCCCCAAGAAGCGGCAAGGACUUGUGAAGUGGAAUGGAUGGGGAUAUAAUGAUUCCAAGUUCAUCUUUAAUAAGAAGGGCCAAAUUGAAUUGACUGGAAAAAGGUACCCUCUUAGUGGCAUGGUUUUGCCAGUGUUUAGAGAAUGGUUACAAAAUGUCCUUGGAGUACAUAUGGACCAGAGAACUACCUCUAAAGCAUCUUUGAAUGCUAGUGAUGUACCUCCUUCUGUUGUAAAAGAAGAUUUUCUUGAUGACCUUAAAGAAACUAACAUUUUGUAUUCUCAAGAAGCAGACGAUAGGGUAUUCAGAGCUCAUGGUCAUUGUCUGCAUGAGAUAUUUUUGCUCAGGGAAGGAAUGUUUCAACGAAUUCCUGAUAUAGUAUUAUGGCCAAAAUGUCAUGAUGAUGUAGUUAAGAUUGUGGAUUUGGCCUGCAAAUAUAAUCUUUGUAUCAUCCCAUUUGGUGGAGGAACAAGUGUUUCAUCUGGACUGGCAUGUCCUGUAGAUGAGAAAAGAACAAUUGUUUCAUUGGACACUUCACAAAUGAAUCGAAUCCUCUGGGUUGAUGAAAACAAUCUGACUGCUCAUGUAGAAGCUGGUAUAACAGGACAAGAGCUGGAGCGACAGCUUAAAGAAAGUGGUUAUUGUACGGGUCAUGAACCAGAUUCCCAGGAAUUCAGCACCGUGGGAGGAUGGGUAUCAACUCGAGCAUCAGGCAAAAAAAACAUCUAUGGCAAUAUUGAAGACCUGGUGGUUCAUAUAAAAAUGGUAACACCAAAAGGAGUAAUAGAAAAAAGCUGUCAAGUACCUCGCAUGUCAGCAGGCCCUGAUAUCCAUCACUUCAUUCUGGGAUCUGAAGGAACUCUUGGUGUGGUUACAGAAGCUACGAUAAAAAUCAGACCAGUCCCUGAAUACCAAAAGUAUGGCUCAGCAGCCUUCCCUAAUUUUGAGCAAGGAGUAGCCUGCUUAAGAGAAAUUGCAAAACAGAGAUGUGCUCCUGCAUCCAUUCGUCUCAUGGACAAUAUGCAGUUUCAGUUUGGUCUUGCUCUUAAACCUCAGGUUUCCUCUAUUUUUACAUCAUUUUUGGAUGGAUUGAAAAAAUUUUACAUCACAAAGUUUAAAGGAUUUGAUCCCAACCAGCUAAGUGUAGCUACAUUACUCUUUGAGGGGGAUCGAGAGAAAGUUCUUCAGCAUGAAAAGCUAGUGUAUGAUAUAGCUCCCAAAUUUGGUGGUUUGGCAGCUGGAGAAGACAAUGGACAGAGAGGUUAUUUGCUGACUUAGGUCAAUGCAUAUCUUUGGGAUCUGGGCUUGGAAUACUAUGUAAUGGGAGAAUCCUUUGAGACUUCUGCUCCUUGGGAUAGGGUUAUAGAUCUCUGUAGAAAUGUAAAGGAAAGAAUAGCAAGAGAGUGCAAAGAGAAAGGUGUCCAGUUUGCUCCUCUUUCUACAUGCAGGGUGACGCAGACGUAUGACGCAGGUGCAUGUAUCUACUUCUAUUUUGCCUUUAACUACAGAGGAAUUAGUGACCCUCUGACUGUCUUUGAACAGACUGAGGCAGCUGCUAGAGAGGAAAUCCUUGCCAAUGGAGGAAGCCUGUCACAUCAUUAUGGAGUGGGCAAGUUGCGGAAGCAGUGGCUGAAGGAAACUAUCUCCGAUGUCGGCUUUGGAAUUCUGAAGUCUAUCAAGGAAUAUGUGGACCCCAAUAACAUCUUUGGAAACAAGAACCUUUUAUAAAUUCAUUAUUCCCUGAUAUACUUUAAAAAAAUCACACACAAAUGCUUUUUUAGUC